AUGACUCUACUUCCCAAUGACGCUUCCAGUGAAGAUAAUAUAGAAAAAGCAAUAUUGGCAACUACACCAUUAACUACAAAUGCCGUGUCAUCUUCAUCAUCAUCAGUCUCUGAACCUGAAGUCAUUGCACCUAAGCCAUCAACAAAUGAACCAGGUUGUGAUUUAACUGAUCAUAAUAUAAUCGAUACCAAUGAAAUAACAAGCAUUGUUAAUGAAUUAGGUGAACUUCAAUCUUUACUUUGUACUUGUGAACAUUUGAUCAAACAAUCACAAACAUCUGAUUUUUCAGAAGAAGUAUUUACUAUCGAUACUAACUUAUUUUUCAAAUCAUUGAAAGAUAUUACAACAAGACUUGAACAUCUUUGCAACAAACAAACAUUAAAAACCAAACAAAGUCGUGGUGUUGCUAUUGUUAGUACAAAAAUCAAAAGCAACUUUACCAGUCGAGAUCCAGGAGACAAUAGAAAAUAUAAUGACGAUGAAUUACGAUAUUUGGUGUCUUAUGGUCCUUAUCAUGAUUUAAAUGUAUCUUAUCCUCAAAACCUUGAAUUAAAGAAGAAAAAUAAACAAUGUUCAUUUACUUCCAAUUGGUACAAGGAUUUUCCUUACUUGGGGUAUAGUAUUAAAAAAAAUGCUGUAUUUUGUUUUUGCUGCCGUUUGUUUGGUUUUGGCCCUGGCAGUGAAAAAUGUCAAGUAGCAUGGUCUUCAACAGGUGUUUCGGUGUGGUCAAAGAUGACAGGUCCAGAUGGAAAGUUGGUUAAACAUUUCAAAUCCAUCUCUCAUAUUACAGCUGAAAAUCGGUUACUAAAUUUUUCUCAAAAAAACACGAACGUCGAUUUGAUUUUAGAUGCUGGCCAAAGAAGAGCUGAUCAAAAAAGGGAAGCAGUGUUAAAAUUAAAUGAAAAAAUAGUUGUGACAUUACUUGAUGUUAGUCGAUUUUUAAGUAGACAAUCAUUAGCUUUUCAAGGUGAUACAAAUUCUGAAGAAAAUUUUAUUGCAGCUGUGAAUAUGAUGCGUCGUCGUGAUCCAAGUACUUAUCUUCAUUAUGAUUCACAAAAUGAAUUUAUUCAGUUACUUGGCAGUGCUGUUCAUAAAGAAAUUUAUUCAAUUAUUGUACGAUUUGUAAAAAAGUUUAUUGCACAAGAACGAAUAAUAUCAGUAUCAGAAUUAAAUUCUAAAACAGGUGUAGAUAUCUGUGAGCAUAUUUUAGAUCAGCUCAAACGCUGUGUACAACAUGGAAGUUGUAUUAGCAUUGAUUAUAUUAAUUGUUUUGGUAUUUUACAAGAACUAUAUAAUUUCUUCACUGGUAGUAUCAAAGGAUACUCUUUACUUUGUGACGAAUUAAAAAAAACGAGUCAUGGUUUACUGGUUAAAGAUUUAUCUACAACUCGUUGGUCUGAUCGAUAUGAAUCUAUUCGAGCUGUUAUAACAUCUUAUCAAGAAAUCACUAACACUCUUCAAAAUUUAGCGGAUCAUGAUAUUGAAAAAAAAAUCGAGAAGCAGCUAUGA